AUGGGACUGGCAAGUAAAAAAUGGAAUUUAAUUUCAAUGUUAUAUGGGAACUCUGAUUUAAUGGGAAGCAAACUAGUUCAUAUUAGCAGGAAUUAUUUUAUUUUUUUGAGACAGAGUUUCACUCUCGUUGGCCAGGCUGGAGUGCAAUGGCGUGAUCUCGGCUCACUGCAACCUCUGCUUCCCGGGUUCAAGCGAUUCUCCUGCCUCAGCCUCCCAAGUAGCUGGGAUUACAGGCAUACACCACCACACCCAGCUAAUUUUUUUGUAUUUUUGUUAGAGACGGGGUUUCUCCAUUUUGGUCAGGCUGGUCUCGAACUCCCGACCUCAGGUGAUCCGCCCACCUCAGCCUCCCAAAGUGAUGAUUUUAUUUUUAUUUUUAAUUUUAAUUGUAUUAAUCUGCAUCUAGAUAAUGACUUUGUGAAGGGUGUGUGUUGUGUGCAAAACUUAAGAUAUUGGUUGAGAGUUAAAUACAUUAUUUUUAUCAUAUGUUGGGUAUAGUCUAGUUACUAAUGAUUUUUAAAUACUUUUAUAAAAAGUUCAUUUUUAAAAUUGUUUGUUUUUAAAAGCCAAUAUACGUUGCAGAAUUAGGAACAGUAUUUAUAUUUAUUUACACAAGACAUUGUGCCAGAGCAUCCUAGUAAAACACCUUCAUGAAUGAGUGAUGUAAUCUCCCAGAAUUACAUUAAAAUUAUUUCUAAAAAGUAGCAAAGUCAUUACCUUUUGCUUUUAAUGACCCACACCUCACCAGCUCCUGGUCUUUUCUUCACUGUUGCCCUUAUUUUGAGGCAAUUUUUCUUAAAAUAUGACUUUUAUGCACCACAUUUAGUAGAGGCAGUGACAUCAGUGAUCUCAGUACCCAUCAGCUGUCCCCCUCCUCUGCCCCUCUUCAUCUCUUCUACCUUGUGACCAUUUCCCUUACCGGUUCAUGUUCUCCUUUAUCUCUGCUUUUCUUUCUUAGCCAGGAUACUUCCCUCACAACUCUCACUCCCAAAUUCUUUUAGAUAUACAUUUUUCUGGAUAUUGGCUGCUGAAAUCUGAAGCUCUGGUAAAGUUCCUAGUAUCAGAGAUCAAUCCUGGAGGAGGCCUAGUUCACUAUUAGAUUACAAAGACGCCUCACAAAAUAAAGGAAAAUCACCUUCAAAACCACAAACCUUUAUGUUGUCAAGUCUGAGUGUUUUUACGAAGUAUUUCUUUCUACCCAUUGUUCAAGAAUGUAAAUGUAAAAAAAAAUACAAGAGAGUUUGGUAGAUACGCAUGCUUGAGGAAACUUGCUUUUACUGUUUUCCUACUUGUAUCCCCAGUUCAGUUGAAUUUACAAGGACCUACAAGAUGGUCGUGUUUGUCUUGGUAUGUGCUACCCCAAUUUUAGUGUUUCUUUCUUUAUUUUAAAUCAGUAAUUAUUCAGUUGAUUGUUUAUACUAUAUAAUGAAGUAACAAAAACAUUUUGGUUUGUAUGUUUUAAGUAACAGUUGUGCAAAUUCCUCUUGUUUGUUAGGUGCUCCCUUUGAAUAUUUUGUGAACUGUGUCAGAGGGAGAGGGGUGGUGGCCAGGAAGAGGGUCAGAAAGAAGCUAGAGGGAGGUCAGGAGAAGGGUAACAGGGAGGAUGCAAAGCAGACAUCUACCCUGGUCACCCCAGGAUCAGGAUAUCUGUCCUUGUUUCAUGUUGAAUUCAAAAAUUGGAUGUCACUUAGGCUUUGAAGGUGACAGCCAUCUCUGAUAGCUGAGCAUAAGUAAAGAAAGGUGGAGUGCCAAUGCAGAAAGGAAAAUAUUCAGCUUUCCUCUCUUAGAUCGCACUUUGAAGAUGGCCUUUUGGAGACAAUCUGACGGGUUAAAACAGGAACUGUUGGAAUUAUUCUAGCUGUAACUACCUAUUGGCUAUGUGUUGAUUGAUCCUAGAAAGAAAAAAUAAUUUUUCAUUUUAGAUCUUGAUUGAAUUUAAGAUGUAUUUAUAUGCCUACAAAAGGUCUGUCUUGUAACUGUUGUAUAAAAUAAACCUAAUCUAUGGUUUCAUUUUUAAUCUAAAAAAAGUUGUGCCUUAACAAUAGGGCAUUGUAUGUUAAUAAGGGAAAACAACCUUUUUAGUAGAUGGGGAAAAUAGGAACUUUUUGCCAUUAAAACUUAAGUUCUUUUGAUGUUUUUAAUAUUAUAGUUGGGGGAGAUUCAUUAAAAUUAAAUUGAAAUAAAAUUAUUUUUGCAUAACCUAGCAUUUACAACUACAGUAUGUUUUUUAUAAGAACUGGCAUCUUGAUGUAUAUAGGUCUGAAAUAAUAUUUCAUCUUUUGAUUUUUAAUUUUAAUAAUAUUAGACCAGGACAGAUCAUAUUUUUACAAAUCUUAGUUUUAAAUAAAUUAUUUCAGUGUGCUGUUAGUCCUCUACAGUCAUUUUGGUUUAAAAAGUGACUAUUUAUUUAUGGUAGCAUAUCAAUAAUUUAUUAAUGUUAAAAAAUACUGUGUAUGACAUUACAAACCAGAACAGUUCCUGGGGGAGAGGAUUCUAAUUGAUUGGCAGUUCUGAGAGGGCAAGAAGAAUGGAACUUUGUACUUCAAAAGGAGGUUUUGUUUUUACCGGGUACUGCUUAUGUAAAUCGUUUAUUUUUAUUUCAUCAAAGCCUGGCAGGUAUAUGCAUUCCAAUUUACCAUUGGCAAAGCUUUAUUUAUUUUUAAGGUUGGAUGUUGAAUUAAUUUUGUGGGAAAAUGAGAUUUGUAAGUAGUUUUCCUUCUAGGUAAGAUAACAUAAACCAAACUUUCAGAAGUUAAGGAUGAUGAAUAAUAUUGAAAUGACUUGUUAUAUAUUGUAAGGGUUCCCUUAAGUAUCAUAAUUAACAAUUUGUGGAAAUUGAAAAAGCAUAAACUGUGUUAUUUGAUUAGUAAUAUGUUCCCUUAAAAUUCAUUUUGAGGUGUAUGUUAUACACAUAGUAAAUUUUUGUUCGGGAAUGACUUGCUCAUUCUGUGUUUUUAAAAAUAGGAAAUAAGGCAUAGUGAGUCAUCAUUACAUCAAUUAACCAAAAAAUAUUUCAUCCCCUCCGUCACUGAAAUUAUCUACUUUAGCCACCUUUCUUAUUCUUGUGUUAGGAGGGCACGUUUAUGGACUUUUUAAUUUCCGUGUGCCAUAUUGUCCACUACCGGCAGUAGCCAAAGCUAGCUGUUUCAGUCCCACAGAAGAGACAGUGCUCUGCCAUGAUGACAGGGCACUGCUAGGGCUGGUUUUUCUUGUUUUUCCCUUUUGGCAGUGUGGACUUCAGAAACUAGAUGUAUAUGCACAAGGGAUUGAGUUUACACUAAAACUAGGAAAUGGAGUUUUCAAUCUAUGUUCUUGCCUCUUCAUACUUUUAUUUAUUUUUUGUCAUCCUGCCUUAUACUGGGCUAACAAUGAGAUAAAAUAAAAAUACCUUUGAAUACUCUUUCCCUUUCAUGUAUUUAAAGCCAUGGAGGAACUAGACCAUUAGCUGUUGCCGUCACAUGCUUAGACACCAGUUUACUUAGUGUGUAAUGACCUUCCUCACCCAUACUACCAAAUUUAAAUGGGUCCCGACUUCACCCUCUGGAAGGAAGUAAACUCUUCUCUCCCCAUGGUUUUAGAGCAGUUUUUACCUGCAAGCACCAUCUCUGUAUGUGCUCUUACUAGAUUAUACAGUUCUUGAGAGGGAUUGCAUCUUGGUGUUUUUGUAUAUCCACCUCAACCCCAGCACCUAGCCCAGUCUCUUGCACAAAUUAAGUACUUAAUGUGUGUUGAGCUAAAUUGAAUAAAGGAUUAUUAGCAUUAGCAUGUUUUGUGCCUUGGUUGUAUAAGCUGGUUGUUUGUUUUGUUACCUUUGCAAAUAUUUAUGAUUAUCACCCCCCCACAUACUAAAUUGUUUUUAAAAGUUUUGCCUUUCCUUCAGAUACUACCCCAGGCAAUUUGCUGUAGAUAAUGUGAUUGCUUCCAAUGACAUAAUUAUCCCAAACUCUCUGCCCCGGAUAUACUUUGCCAAACGAAAUUUGAAUUCUGUGAAUAAAUUGGUCAUGUCUAAAA